AUGGAGAAGCUGCAAUUAAAGAAGAGGACGGGGCAAGCAAAGGUUGUAGGCAUUUUUCUCUGUGUAGGAGGUGCCAUGGUGAUCACAUUAUACAAGGGUUAUGCCCUUCACACCUCCACAUACUUGAAAACACCAAAAGCCAUUCUCAAGCUUUUGGGUACACCCCAUUCAUCAUCUGUUCCCUCACAAACUAAUUGGAUUUUGGGUUCAAUUCUGUGUACAGUAAGCAUUACAAGUUGGUCGGCAUGGAUAAUGUAUCAGGCAGCUGCUUUCAAAGAUUAUCCUGCAAACAUAUCGCUCACCGCAUUGAUGUGCUUCAUGGGUACAAUCCAAUGCUCUGUAAUUACAUUAUUCAUGGACAACCCCAAAGAUUGGAGAUUGGGAUGGAACUUGAGCCUCUUUGCCUACGCCUACUCUGGAGUAGCAUGCACUGCAAUAGGAAACUUGGUUCAAACUUGGUGCAUCAGAGAGAAAGGCCCCGUUUUUGCAGCGGCAUUCAAUCCUGUUAGCACGGUGGUAGUGGCCAUUCUAGAGCCCCUACUCCUUCACGUAGACACUCAUGUGGGAAGUAUAUUAGGAGCAGCUAUGGUUAUUUUUGGACUCUACUUUGUGUUGUGGGCCAAAGCAAAGGACUACAAGGUGAAAGCAAAUGAGACACUACCUGAUUGCCCAGUUAAAGAAAAUAACACCAAUGUCAAGAUUAGAGUUGAAAACAAGGCAGAAGAAAAUAAUGCUAAAGGCAUGGUUCAACCAUAG